AUGGAGGCGGUGUGCGCCCGGGUGUCUGCGCUCCUGCCAGACGAUGUCAAUACCUGGCUGGAAACCGCCUGGGGUUAUCGUGCCACUCGCAUUCUGGUCGGGCUGGCGCUGCUCCGGGUUGGCCUGAAGUUGUACAGCACUCACGUUCGUAGGCGACGCAGGGCCGAGUGGGCGGCUGUUGGUCGGGACGUCGUCGUGCUGCACCAGUUCGCGCGGGCUCGUUCGUGCCCCAACAUCUCACCGUUCGCGGUCAAGGUCGAGACCUACCUGCGCGCCAACAACAUCACGUACGUGGUGGACGACCGGGUGCCGUUCGGGCCGCGCGGCAAGUGCCCCUGGAUCACGCUGAACGGCCGCGAGGUCGCUGACUCCACCCUCAUCAUCGACCACAUCGCGCACGAACUGGGCGUCCGCAUGACCUCCGACUGCUCGGAGCGGGACCUCGCGUGCGGCCGGGCCUUCCAGGUGAUGUUUGAAGAACGCACCGCCUGGGGCGUCUUCUUCCGGCGCUACGUCCUGGACCGCAUGCGAUACGUGUGGCCCGAGUUCCCGAAAAACGUGCGGAAGUACAUGCCGUUCGUGAAACUGGGCCUGCGCUUUGGGUUUGCGCGCCGCUCGAAGGAGCAGGGUAUCGGUCUGUUUAGCGAGCCGGAACUGAUGAUGCUGAUCGAGAAAGAUUUGCUGGCACUGUCCACGUUUCUCGGCGACAAGCAGUUCAUGCUGGGCUCGGCCAUGACGGAGCUCGACUGCUGCGUGUUCGGCAUGGUCGUGCAGCUGUUGUACAUUUCCGGGCCGCACCUGGAGUUUUUCACGCGGCACCGCUGUCCAAACUUGGUGAAACACUGCGAGCGCAUCAAGGAAUUGUAUUGGCAGGACUGGGACCAGUGUCUUGAGACGUGACCUGGGCGGGUGAUGUGGCACGCGCUGGCCGACCACACCCAUCAGCACUCGAUAUGGCCGCCUGGUCUGCUAUCUGAUAAAGUAUCAUAUCGGCCCCCCAUGGACGUUAUCGCGUGUCACCUAGAGUGGGAUAUAAUCUAGUCUGCACGUUGAGUGGAAUGUAAGCCAGUCCAAGGUAGGCCUUGCUGUCCCGGCCUCCCUUCGGAUGUAGAGAUAAGCCCGGCGAGUGUGUGCACAAAUACACGGUUUGUUUGAAUA